UGUGCUGUAAAAAUAUUAAACUUUUUCUCGAUGUUUGUCGUAACCACUUUAAUGUACGUGAAUCAGAUUUAUUCGAACCCACAAUGCUGUAUGACUUGACAAACUUUCAUCGAGUACUCAUAACCCUUUCAAAAUUAUCUCAAUGCAGAAAGGUGCAACAACUCCAUCCAAAUUUACUAGGCUUUAAUAUACAAUUAUCAUCCAAUGAAAGAUCCCAUUCCGAUGAGGCCAUAUAUAAGGAUCUGCAUUGCACUACCAACGAUAAUGUUGCAUGCAAUGGUCCAGUUUAUGAUCAUACAAAUACCAAAGAAGAAGAGGUCUAUCAAGACUUAUGUGCCUUACAAAGAUCGAGCAGAAAUCAGAUUACUUCAGCAACAAGUUUUGAACAAAGAGAUUAUGUUAUUCGAGAGUUAAUAGAUACGGAAUCAAAUUAUUUAGAUGUAUUAAAUGCACUCAAAACAAAAUUUAUGACACCUCUAGAACGAUAUUUAAAUCCCGAUGAAAUAAAAAAAAUUUUUCCACGUAUAAAGGAUCUGGCUGAAAUACAUACAAAGUUCUUAGAUAAAUUGCGUGAAUCUCUAUCACCAACAACAAAACUAAAAAUGAGUCAAGUAUUUUUGGAAUUUCGGGAACCUUUUCUAAUAUAUGGCGAAUAUUGUUCUUGUUUAUUAGAUGCUAUCGAUUAUUUGGGGGACGUAUGCAAAAAGAAUCAAAUAAUUGAACAGUUAGUACAGGAACGUGUUUUAUCCUUCCGCACACAUCCUGCAGCAACACAGUUGAGUGCUGCGUUUGUGUAG